AUGUCUAAGAGAGGUCGUGCCAGUGCCGCCGGCAACAAGCUGAAGAUGACCCUCGGUCUGCCUGUUGGCGCCGUGAUGAACUGCUGCGACAACUCCGGUGCUCGCAACCUGUACAUCAUUGCCGUCUGCGGUAUUGGUGCCCGCCUGAACCGUCUCCCCGCUGCUGGUGUCGGUGACAUGGUCAUGGCCACCGUCAAGAAGGGAAAGCCCGAGCUCCGCAAGAAGGUCAUGCCCGCCGUUGUCGUCCGCCAGAGCAAGCCCUGGCGCCGGGCUGACGGUAUCUACCUGUACUUCGAGGACAACGCUGGUGUUAUCGUCAACGCCAAGGGUGAGAUGAAGGGAUCUGCCAUCACCGGUCCCGUCGGUAAGGAGGCUGCUGAGCUCUGGCCCCGUAUUGCCUCCAACUCCGGUGUCGUCAUGUAA